AUGUUGGAGGGAUUAGUCGCUGGCCUGCUUAACCGCUUCUUGGGCAUGUACGUUAAGAACUUUGACCCUACACAGCUGAAAGUCGGCAUCUGGUCUGGCGAUGUCAAACUUCGCAAUCUUGAGCUUCGCCGCGAGGCUCUGGACCAACUGAAAGUUCCCAUCAAUGUCGUGGAAGGCCACCUUGGGGAGCUCACGUUGGUCAUUCCGUGGUCAAACCUUCGUAGUGCCCCCGUCAAGGUGCUUAUUGAGGAUGUCUUCCUCCUGGCUAGCCCAAAGGAAGAAGCCGAGUAUGACGAAGAGGAAGAGGAGCGUCGGCGACAACGACUCAAAAUGGACCAGCUGGAUAGUGCCGAACUUCUUAAAGAAAAGAGCCGUGAAGGCAUGAGCCAAGAGGAGCAGAAGAAGAACCAAAGUUUCGCUCAAAGUCUGGCCACCAAGAUUGUUGACAAUCUACAGAUAACAGUCAAGAAUAUUCAUAUUCGAUACGAGGACUCUAUUUCUGCGCCGGGACAUCCCUUCGCUCUGGGGCUUGUCCUUCAAGAAUUCAGCGCCGUCAGCACUGAUGGUCAAUGGAAACCAACCUUCAUCCAAGAGUCAAGCAAAACAACCAAUAAGCUGGCAACCUUGGGCUCAUUAGCCGUGUAUUGGAAUACAGAUUCAGACCUGUUUGGAACCGGGCGGGAAGCACCCUCCGAACUCUCCAACCCCAUGACUCAUGACGAGAUGGUGGACAACUUCAAGAGCAUGCUAGGCGAAGCUGAUGCUCUUACCUCCCAUCACCAGUUCAUCCUACGACCUGUGAAUGGCCAAGCGAAAAUUGAACUGGACAAAUCUGGCGACAUUCGCGCCCCGAAGCUUAAAGCAAAUCUUCUCUUCGAAGAGAUUGGUCUCGUCCUCGAUGAUGACCAGUAUCGUGAUGCGCUAAUGAUGGUCGACUUAUUCCACUACUUUGUAAGACAUCAGGAGUACAAAGCAUUGAAGCCGAAGGGCGUCCGUCCAAAAGAGGAUCCCCGCGCAUGGUUGUUAUUUGCAGGAAACGCGGUGUUGAAUAAGAUUCACCAAAGGAACCGGAAAUGGUCUUGGGGCUACUUUCGAGAGCGACGUGAUGACCGACGAAGAUACAUUGAGCUAUUCAAGAAACGGAAACAGCAACAACAGCUCACGACUGAGGAAAAUGGAGAUCUUGAAAAACUGGAAUGGAAACUGGACUACGAAGACCUGCGCUUCUGGCGGUCUCUUGCGCGGAACCAGUUGAAAAAGGAGAAUGCGGAAGCCUUGCGGAAGCAGCCUCAGCAACCGGAGCAACAAGGCUGGCUGACAUGGAUGUGGGGAUCGAGACCUCAAGGCGAAAUACAAGAAAAUGAAGAGAAUACUCAAAUGACUGAAGAGCAACGCGAGGAGCUGUACCACAUGAUAGAUUGGGAUGAGAAGGCGGCCAUCGCUGAAGAGGUGGACACUCCAAGGGAGGCGGUCAACCUGUGCCUGGAGGCAUCUCUCAGCACUGGAAGCUUCACGCUGAAAAAAAGCCCUCAUGAUAAUCCAACCGACCUCCUGAGCCUCCACUUCGACGUAUUCAAGGCAAAGGCUUUGAAAAGAACGGAUUCCAUCCUAGCAAACAUCAGCCUCGGUGGCCUGCGAGUCAAUGAUGGCACCACUCCCGAUAGCCUAUACCCCGAAAUUGUUCGCGUAAAGGAUGCUCCUUUGGCGGGAAAACGAAAGAGCCUGUCCUUGAAGGAGCUUGAGAACGACACCGAGGAACCGUUUUUCGAGUUUGAAAUUGAGCAGAAUCCAAUCGAACGAGAAGGCGACUUCGCCCUCUUGGGUAAGCUGAAACCCUUGGAGAUAGUCUGGAACCCAAACUUCGUCGUGGGCAUUGUGGAUUUCUUCCGGCCUCCAGAAAGACAUAUGGAGUCCAUCACAGCUCUGAUGGAAAGUGCUGGCGCGACGGUUGAAGGGAUUAGAGAGCAAACUCGGGCGGGCCUUGAAUUUGCCCUUGAGGAGCAUAAGACUGUGAACGCCAAGUUGGACCUUCAAGCGCCCUUGAUUAUUGUUCCCGUAAGCAUCACGACAGAGAACUCAACUUGCCUAAUUGUCGAUGCUGGUCACAUUCAUGUCAAUAGCGAACUGGUGGAUGACAAGACCAUGAAGGAGAUCCAGUCAAAACAGAGACAGUCGUACAGCGAGGCCGACUUCAAGCGCCUGGAAUCAGCCAUGUACGACAAGUUCAUUGUGAAGCUCACAUCCACUCAGGUACUUAUAGGCCCCUCGAUUGAGGAAUCCAAGAAGCACCUGGUGAAGAGGAGUACAGACUCCGAAUUACACGUCGUUGAGCAAAUCAAUGUGGAUUUUGUCGUCGAGAUCUCUAUACUACCCAAAGCCCCCAACCUUACGAAACUGCGGGUCUCGGGUCAUCUCCCUAUGUUGCACGCUACGGUAUCAGAUUCCAAAUACAAGAACCUCAUGAGGCUCAUCGACGUAGCCAUCCCUAGGUUUGAUGCCGAAUCAGCCAAUAACGACAUCCAGGAUCAGCCUAGGCGUCCACGGCCAUCGACCGCCAAUUCCGCAAGAUCGCGCCGAAAAUCUCAGCGAGAGCGCCGCCAGUCCUUUGCAUUCCCCUUUAGUCAGCCUCAAACUGCUGUGGUCCUUGAAGAUAUCGAUGAUGAAAAUGAAGACUUUGAGGAUGCCACAGAUGGGGGUAACGGACAACAUCUCAAGAUUCAGCAGAGGAGCUUUGAGUUCAACUUCAAGGUGGACACUCUUAAAGGGUCACUUUACAAAAGCGACCCAGACCGGGUCAAGUCCGACACCCUUCUGGUUGAAUUAGUUGCCGAGCGCUUCGACCUGAUAUUCUACACGAGAACGUACGACAUGGCUGCCGAGGUUUCCCUGGGAUCUGUUGCGAUUGAAGACUUUGUCGAAAAUCCCUCUGGAGAUUUCAAAUCGAUCGUGUCAUCCGGCGACAGUGAGGAUUUAAAAGCCGGGAGAAGUCUUGUUCAUGUCAAGUAUAUGAAGAUCAAUAAGCAGUCGCCAGAGUUCAUGCCCGUGUAUGAAGGUGUCGAAACGAACAUAACUGCCGCCAUUUCCACCAUCAAUGUUGUGGUCACGCGUAAGACGCUUUUGACGCUUCUGGACUACAUCUUAACCACCUUUACCGGGGGAGAUAACGACCAGGGUAGCCAAUUGCUUGCGAUUGCAGAGGCGGAUGAUGGGGUCCUCGAAGAUGGUUCGGGCGAAGCUUCAAAGCCUAGUGAGAACGCAGGGUCGAUCCGUGUCAAAGUCGACCUGAAGGCCAUCCGACUGAUUCUGAACAAUGAUGGCAUAAGGCUGGCCACUCUAUCAUUCAGCCAUGGGGAUGCUGGAAUCUUCAUCAAUGGAAAGACCAUGCGUGUAUCGGCAAAGCUUGGUGAUUUAUCUCUAGUUGAUGAUGUCAACCUUGGCGUUUCGGCGGAUUCCAACCUUCGCAAGUUGGUUACAAUUCAGGGGGAUGACCUUGCUGACUUCAGAUACGAGACCUUCGACUCUGGAAAUGAAGAAGCAUAUCCCGGAUACGACAGCUCAGUUUACCUUCGAGCGGGUUCUGUCAAAGUAAAUUUUGUCGAGGAGCCGUUUCGCAAGAUUAUAGAUUUUCUAGUCAAAUUUGGAAAAAUGCAAGCCUUAUACAACGCUGCUCGGCAGGCUGCUAUGACGCGAGCGAACCAAAUCCAGCAGAGUCCCAGCAAGAUCAAGUUUGACGUCGUCAUAAAGACGCCGAUUGUCGUAUUUCCUCGACUUUUCGUAUCUGAUCAGCACCAGGGAGAUGUCAUAACUGCCUAUCUUGGAGAGAUUUACGCCCAAAACAAGUUUGUGCCGCUGGAUGAUAGGAAGGAUUCUGAUGUUGCCAUGAAAAUUUCCGCUGGUAUCAGAAAUGUCAAACUGACUUCUGACUUUCACUACUCUGAUGGCCGAUCGGAGGAACUUGAAAUGAUAGAUCAUGUGGAUCUAGGUUUCAACAUCACGUAUUCUGAGCAUAAGGAAGGCGUACAAAGACCAGAUAUGGAUGUCGAAGGCUCUCUUUCGGACAUCAAACUCCGCCUAACGCAAUAUCAACUCAAGUCCCUCCUAGAGAUUUCCAAAUCUGUGCCUGCCGCAUUUGCAGGGGAGGGAGACAACUCUGACGAAGAGGCUGCGCGGAUGGUGGAUGAAGGGACAUUGCAGCUCGCCAGAUCAGGAUCUGAAGGUGAUAAUCGGGAUUACAAUCAGAAUCUGGUUGAUCUCUCACCUGAACUAAGCUCACUGCAGAAUGCCUGGACCAAGUUCGAUCUCGUCUUUUGCGCCAAUGCUGUGGGCCUCGAGCUCAUCAUGGCGGAAGAGGAUGAACCAGUCGGGGAUCUGGCCAACUCUAGCUUAUCAAGGUUCUCACUGGACGAAACUAGAUUGAAGACGAGGGUGCUUUCUGACGGCUCGCUGGAAGCCGAGCUGCUCAUUCGGUCCUUCACAAUCUUCGACAGCCGGCCCAAAGAGAGCAACAAGUACCGGCGAAUCAUGGCAUCUUCCAACAAAGAAACCCAGCAAUUGAUGGCCAGCGUGACCAUGUCUGGCGGGAAAGAGCGAAAUCUAAUUGCCAUGGCUACUAUUGACAGUCCGCGCAUAAUUUUUGCUCUCGAUUACCUUUUUACGUUGCAAAGAUUCGUUACCGAAGGGCUCGUUGUGGAUGCUGUCAGUCCAAUUGAUGAUGAAAGCCUUGGGGACGCAAUCGAUGAAUCGGACAAUGACUCGACACAGGUGACCUGUCAGGAUACUUAUCAAUCUGACAGGCAACAGUCACAAGUGUUGCGGCAACGAGAUAACGCGCCUUUGGUCGAACCUCAAAGUUCAAAAGAAGAGCCAUCAAUGUCCAUGGCGUUCCGUGUCAAUCUAGUGGAUGCCCAAGUAAUACUCAUCGCCAAUCCGCUGGCAUCAAACUCGGAAGCUAUAGUUUUGAGCAUUCGGCAGAUGCUUCUGUCCAAGCAGCAUGCCCUCACGUUUCAAGUCUCAGAGAUUGGUAUGUACUUGUGCCGAAUGGACAAGUUCGAAAGCUCUCGUCUGCGAAUCAUCGAUGACUUCUCCAUUCAAUUGAGUAUGGACAGUUCGCAGGUCGGUGUGGCAAGUUUCCUCAUUGAUGUGCAACCAUUGAUCCUCCGUCUUUCCCUACGCGAUAUCCUCUUGAUCUUGCAAAUCAUCACCAGAGCCAGCGAGCUCUCCGGGGGCGAAUCAAAAGACCCCAAAGAAUCCGCCGCCGAACAAAAAGCACAGCAAUUGCGCAAUGCAGGGCUGAAGAGCAAAUCCGCGAGUGGUCGUGGCCAGUCAACAAUUGCAAGGACCAGAGGCACGAAAACUAUUACAGCAAAGCCCGUCAAAGCUCCGGCGAAGCCACAAGCGGCUGCGGCACCUGCUCGGGAAGAAUUAUCUGUUACUGUUGAGGGAGUCCGUAUUGUCCUCAUCGGCGACUUGCACGAACUACCCAUUCUAGACGUUGGUAUCAAGAGCUUUACAGCAGGAGCGCAAAAUUGGUCUUUUAAUCUAAAAGCUGAGUCGGCCAUUGAAAUGUACUCCAGCGUCUACAAUUUCUCGAAAUCAAGCUGGGAGCCACUAUUGGAGCCGUGGCAGGUUGGCCUUGGUGUCGCCAAAGAUCCAGUGUCGGGACUAAUCUCUGUGGACGUCGCAUCCAAGAAGACGUUUGAUAUAACAAUCACAACAGCUUCUAUCGCACUCGCAUCCAAGUCUUUGACGUUCUUAACCACGGAGCAAAACGUUCUAGACAAACCGAGAGGGGUUGAAGCCCCGUAUCGCAUCAGGAACUACACGGGCUUCGACGUAGUCCUUCACUCCAAGAGUCCCAGCUCAAAGGAACCCAUCAGUUUGCGUCUUGAAGAUGGCGCUGAUUCACCUUGGAGCUUCGAACACUGGGAGAAGAUGCGGGAGAACCUCUUGACCGAGUCGAGCCAAAACGACGUGGGCAUCCAGCUGGAGGGCAGUGGGUUUGACCCUGUGAAAAAUGUGAGACUUAACAGAGAAGGCGAAUUUCUGUACAGCCUUCGACCAAAGACUGAGAAUGUGCUGCAUCGGCUGUGUGUCGAAGUCAGUCUCGGCGCAGACAAUAUCAAGUAUGUGACAUUGAGAUCGCCCCUUGUCGUGGAAAACUCGACAGGGAUCCCCGUCGAACUCGGCAUAUACGAUGCUCAGCAAGGCCACCUCCUAAAGAUUGAAAAAAUUGCUCCUGGAGAUUCACGACCAGCGCCCGUCGCCGCAGUGUUUGAGAAACGAGCGUUGGUUCGUCCCGAUGGCGGCUUUGGCUAUCAAUGGAGCAGGGAUCAGAUUUGGUGGAGGGAUUUGCUGCAAAGACCCACGAAACAAUUGGUAUGCAAGGGAGAAAACGGCGAUCCGUUCUAUUUCCAGGUGCACGCACAGUUUGAUAAAUCCAACCCUAUAACCAAGAUAUAUCCGUGUAUGAGGAUCAAGUUGUCAGCGCCGCUGACUCUUGAGAACCUCUUGCCCUACGACUUCAAGUACAGAAUAUACGACAAAAAUACGAAGAAAGAUUGGUCAAACUUCCUCCGAAAGGGCGGCGUGAGUCCGGUACAUGUUGUGGAGCUCUCACACCUACUACUCUUGAGCAUUGACAUGCAGGAUACGGUUUUCAAACCCAGCGACUUCUCCAUCAUCAACUCUGGAAAUACCGAGGAUUUCCGCAAGGAGAGUCGAAUAAUUGUCAAAGACGAGCAGGGUCUCUCGCUGAAUCUCGCUUUGCACUACUUCAAGAUUCCUCAUAGCGGAGGAGCUUUUAAGGUUUCUGUAUACAGCCCGUACGUUGUCCUGAACAAGACGGGACUUGACCUUUGCAUUCGCAUGAAGGGCUUUCUGCAGCAGGCUAAGCCGGCUGCUGGCCAAUUUUCUCUUGUUCACACAUCGCAGCGCCAACGACCAAAAGCCUUGCCCUUCAUGUUCUCAUACGGCAACGACGACAAUAGGAAUCGCGCGCUGUUGAAGAUUGACGAGUCGGAAUGGAGCAAACCCCAGAGCUUCGACGCCGUUGGCAGCACUGCGGAGGUGGUCCUGAACUCGCGUUCGAAGGACAAAGAAAUCCACAUUGGCAUCGCAGUGAAGUCUGGCGAAGGAAAGUACAAGAUGACCAGAGUUGUCACCCUGGCCCCGCGUUUUGUGCUUGUGAACAAGUUGGGCGAGGAAAUACUGGUGCGCGAGUCGAGCUCCUCUGGCUACAUGUCUCUCGAGCCCGGAGCGCUGCAACCGCUGCACUUUAUGCAAAAGUCACCCGUGAAACAGCUAUGCCUCUGCUAUGCUGGCGUCGAAAAUCAGUGGACCUCUCCGUUCAACAUUGCUGACGUGGGAACGACCCAUGUCAAGAUUGCCAAGGCCGGACAACGGCAGCGUCUGGUGCGCGUCGAGAUUCUUCUCGAAGACUCGACAAUCUUCCUGCACCUCAGCAUGGAAACCAAGAAUUGGCCUUUCUCGAUGCGCAACGAAAGUGAUGCGGAAUUCACCUUUUACCAAGCGAACCCGAAUGUUGACGAGGACGACGUCGAGGACCGCAGCGGCUGGCGCCCCAUCAAGUACAGGCUGCCGCCUAGGAGCAUCAUGCCGUACGCGUGGGACUUCCCAGCGGCCAAACAUCGCGAACUGGUCAUAGCCACCAACAAUAUGGAGCGCCACGUAAAGCUGGCCGAGAUUGGUAACCAGAUUCCCAUGAAGUUUGUCACGCCUUCUGGGCAACAGAAAAUCAUCGACAUCAACGUUGCCGCAGAUGGCCCGACGCAGACGUUGAUCUUGAGCAAUUUCCGGGCAAGCAAGAGCAUGUACAAACCGAAAGCCCUGUCCAGGACAAGCACCGGCCACGAGGCAUUCGAGGUGAAGGACCGGGACACGGGCGCAACCUUUCGAGCGCAACUCAGGCUCUCUGGAGUGGGGGUUUCGCUCAUCAACGCGCAGUUGAAAGAGCUGGCCUACAUUACUUUCCGGGACGUGCAGUUCCGGUUCAGCGACUCGCCUUUUAUCCAGACGGCCUCCCUGGCCGUCAAGUGGAUGCAGAUUGACAACCAGCUUUACGGCGGCAUCUUCCCCAUGGUUCUGUACCCCAGCGUGGUACCGAAGAAGGCUCACGAGGUGGACGCGCACCCGUCACUGCAUGCCAUGGUCAGCCGGGUCAAGGACGAUUCCUACGGCGUCACGUACAUCAAGUACGCCUCGGUCCUUGUGCAGCAAAUGACGGUCGACCUGGACGAGGACUUUGUGUUCGCGCUGCUGGAGUUUUCCAAUGUUCCAAACGCCAGCUGGAGCGCGGUUGAGGAGGAAGGCAAGCUGUGCGACGAAGACUUGGACAUUCCGGAGCCAUCGCAGCAGGCAGGUGGGCAGGACCUGUAUUUCGAGGUGCUGAACAUUCAGCCGAUGCAGCUUGACCUAAGCUUCAUGCGAACGGAGCGCAUCAAUGCCGAGGACAAGACGUCGUCUCGGAACCCAAUCAUGUUCUUCCUCAACGUCAUGACCAUGGCCAUUGGGAACGUCAAUGACGCACCGAUCCGGUUCAACGCCCUCUUACUGGAAAACGUGAGGGUCUCGAUGCCGGUGCUGAUACAGAACAUGGCGAACCAUUACAGCCAAGAGGUAAUGUACCAGGUGCACAAGAUUCUCGGGUCGGCGGAUUUUCUGGGCAAUCCGGUGGGCCUGUUCAACAACAUCUCGUCUGGCGUGACGGACAUCUUUUACGAGCCGUACCAGGGUCUGAUUCUCUCGGACAAGCCGGAGGAGUUUGGCAUCGGCAUCGCAAAAGGCGCGGCCUCGUUUGCGAAGAAGACGGUGUUUGGCUUCAGCGACAGCUUUUCCAAAUUCACGGGCAGUCUCAGCAAGGGACUGGCGGCGGCAUCGCUCGACAAGCAGUUCCAGGACCGAAGGCGCAUCGCCAAGGCGAGGAACCGGCCGAAGCACGCCUUGUACGGCGUCGCGGCAGGGGCCAACUCGCUGUUCACGAGCGUGGCAUCUGGCGUGGGCGGCCUGGCUCGAAAGCCGCUCGAGGGAGCCGAGCAGGAAGGAGCGCUGGGCUUCUUCAAGGGGGUCGGCAAAGGGGUGCUCGGUCUCGCGACGAAGCCGGCUGUCGGCGUGUUGGACAUGGCCAGCAACGUGAGCGAGGGAAUCCGCAACACGACGACGGUUUUCGACGGCCAGGAGCUUGACCGCGCACGAUUCCCGCGGUUCAUCCCCAACGACGGCAUCGUGCGUCCGUACAGCAGCCGGGAGGCGAUGGGACAGUAUUGGUUGAAGCAGGUGGACAAUGGACGGUACUUUGACGAGCAGUACAUUGGUCAUCUGGAGCUGCCCAAGGAAGACAUGGUGGUCAUGGUCACGUACGCGCGGAUACUGCUUAUUAGGUCGAGGCGGCUGACGAGCGAGUGGGACGUGUCACUAAAGGAUGUGCAGACAAUUGCCAAGGAGCGGACGGGUGUCAGCCUUGUGCUGAGAGGAGGAGCGAAUGGGCCGUUUAUCCCGGUGGGAGGUGGCAGUGAGAGAGCCUUUUUGUACAAGAUGAUUGGGGUUGCGGUGGAGGAGUAUAAUCGGAGGUUCAGGGGAGGAGAGUGA